AUCUACGCAAUCAGCGACUACGACGUCCACUUUGGGUAGCAGUAGGCUGCCUCAACGAGGCCAAAAUACAGUCUGUCAAAAACUUCCUUCGUUGGCAUUUGAUGCUAUAACUACAACAUUUACCAACGCAUCGUCACAGCCCCACACGUUUUUAGUUGAUCAGGCCGUACGUACCCGCAAUGAUUCAGAUCGCAACCCAUCAUCCCCACAUCUCGUUGGGGGCACAGAUUUGUCUCGUGCACCUAUCCAAUCACAGGGCAUGUCUAUCCUGUCAUCUGAUAAUCCAUUACUUCCUGCCAACGCUGUAGUCGGAGACUUGCAACUUGCGCGAGAUUUUGAUGCUUUGCAAGCGCGCAUACAUGAAGCUAGCGCAGUGCUUGCUAUGCUUGCACCUCAACCAUCGGCGCCACCGCUCUUCGACGUGUUCCCUUUGUUGUCCUCUGAUCAUAAUCGAGGUGGUCAAUCGUCCUCUAUCUCUAUCAUGCCUGCUACUUCCCGAAGUAUGCAUGAGGCGCAAGUUAAUACCGAAGAUAAUAGUAAAGCACUGAUCACCCAGAAUCUCACUCUCGUUCACACGCUGCAAACAAAUGCCAAUGUUUUACUGCAGACUGCUCAGACGUUGUGCUCGGGGCUUCGAACUGCAGAGGUGCAAACUCAAGCAGUCCUUGCGCUUGUGGAGAAAGAGCACUCACGAAAUGAAGAAAGUCGUGCAGCUGAAGAAGAGGCGAAGAGGGACAGGGAGGAAGAUGUGCGUCGCUUUUCCGCAUGGCGCGAUGAAGUUCUAGAGUGGUACAGAACGGCAGAGGAUUGGCGUCGAAUUAUGGAGGAGAAAGUUAACAGGGCAGUGAUCGAUAGCCAAGAUGUGCGCGCCGCGCUGGAUCGUAUGAAAGAACAGGAUAAAGCGAGAGAAGAACAAAUGCGGCUGGAGGAGGCCAUAGCGGAAGAUGAACGUCAGAGGGUAGCACAAAUGACUGCGGCAAAUAUAGAACAAGCUGCACGGGAAGAAGCCGAGAAGACUCAACGCGAGCAACAGGAAAGUCAAGCCCGUGCCCGUGAACUAGAGUCUCAGAGGGAGUCGGAGAAGCAGGAGCAGUUCAAGAAACAACAUGCUGAGGUCAUGGCAAUGAAACAACAAGCCAGUAUGAGGAAUGCGGCGAAGAUACGUGCGGACAGGGAGAGGGAUAAUGCACGACUUCUAGCUAGGGUUGGUGGCGUCACAGAGGCUCAAUCUGUCACAGUUACUCGUGCCAUGCGCAGUACAGAACGGCCUUCAGCAUC